ACCGGGCGGCGGCGGCGGGGCGGGCGGGGACCGUGAGCGGAGCGGAGCCGCCGGCACCUCGGAGCAUCCCCCGGGAGCCCUUCCCGAGCCCUGCCCGCCGUUCCCGGCCGCUGCCGCUCCCGUCUGCCCGGCUCCCUGCCACCUCCCUCCGCCCGCACUCUCCCCUGGUGAUUCCUGCCGGAUUUUGCGCUGUUUCCUCCGGGAUCGGGCGAAUUUCUCCUGGAAUCGGGUUGGUUUUAUCCUCCCAAGGAGCAGCCGCAGCGCCGAGGUCCUGCUGAUGAAGAGGAGGUGAGGCCCGAGCUGUAGCUCCCCCUCUGUGCUGCUCCCUGCAGGACCUUCCUCCUCUUCCUCUUCCUCCUCCUCCUCCGUGCCCGAUCCCGCCGCGGGGCCGCCCCGAUGCCGAAGAACAGCAAGGUGACGCAGCGGGAGCACAGCAGCGAGCAUGUCACCGAGUCGGUGGCCGACCUGCUGGCCCACCAGGAGCCCGUGGACUACAAACGCAGCGUCCUCAACGUGACAGGGGACGCGUGGGACAAGCAGAAGGAGGGGGACGAGGACCUGGAGGCGGAGAACCGGCCGGCGUGGAACAGCAAGCUGCAGUACAUCCUGGCGCAGAUCGGCUACUCCGUGGGGCUGGGCAACGUCUGGCGCUUCCCCUACCUCUGCCAGAAGAAUGGAGGAGGUGCCUACCUGGUCCCUUACCUGGUCCUGCUCAUCAUCAUCGGGCUGCCCCUGUUCUUCCUGGAGCUGGCCGUGGGGCAGAGGAUCCGCCGGGGCAGCAUCGGCGUCUGGAACUACAUCUGCCCCCGCCUGGGGGGCAUCGGCUACGCCAGCUGCCUGGUCUGUUUUUUUGUUGGUCUCUAUUACAACGUCAUCAUUGGCUGGAGCAUCUUUUACUUCUUCAAGUCCUUCCAGUACCCCCUGCCCUGGAGCGAGUGCCCCAUCGUAAGGAACGGCUCGGUGGCUGUUGUGGAGCCAGAAUGUGAGAGGAGCUCAGCCACCACCUACUUCUGGUACCGGGAGACCCUGGACAUCUCCAACUCCAUCUCUGAGAGCGGGGGGCUCAACUGGAAGAUGACCCUGUGUCUGCUGGUGGCCUGGAGCCUUGUUGGCUUGGCCAUGAUCAAAGGCAUCCAGUCCUCGGGGAAGGUGAUGUACUUCAGCUCCCUCUUCCCAUACCUGGUGCUUGUUUGCUUCUUGGUGCGGGGGCUGCUGCUGCGUGGGGCAGUGGAUGGGAUCAUGCACAUGUUCACACCCAAGCUGGACAAGAUGCUGGACCCCCAGGUGUGGCGUGAAGCAGCCACGCAGGUUUUCUUCGCCCUGGGCCUGGGUUUUGGGGGGGUCAUUGCCUUCUCCAGCUACAACAAGCAGGACAACAACUGCCACUUCGAUGCCACCCUCGUCUCCUUCAUCAACUUCUUCACGUCCGUGCUGGCCACCCUGGUUGUGUUCGCUGUGCUGGGCUUCAAGGCCAACAUCAUGAACGAGAAAUGCGUGGUGGAGAACGCUGAGAAGAUCUUGGGCUACCUGAACACCAAUGUGCUGAGCCAUGACCUCAUCCCACCCCACGUGAACUUCUCCCACCUCACUGCCAAGGACUACAACGAGAUGUACAGGGUGAUCAUGACGGUGAAAGAGGGGCACUUCAAAGAGCUGGGCCUGGACGCCUGCCUGCUGGAGGAUGAGCUCAACAAGUCGGUGCAAGGGACUGGCCUGGCUUUCAUUGCCUUCACAGAAGCCAUGACCCACUUCCCAGCCUCACCCUUCUGGUCUGUCAUGUUCUUCCUGAUGCUGAUCAACCUGGGCUUGGGGAGCAUGAUCGGGACCAUGUCGGGCAUCACCACGCCCAUCAUCGACACCUUCAAGGUGCGCAAGGAAGUGUUCACAGUCGGUUGCUGCAUCUUCGCCUUCGUGGUGGGGCUGAUCUUUGUGCAGCGUUCUGGAAACUAUUUUGUCACCAUGUUUGACGAUUACUCAGCCACGCUGCCGCUCACCGUGGUGGUCAUCCUGGAGAACAUCGCUGUGGCCUGGAUUUAUGGCACCAAGAAGUUCAUGCAGGAGCUGACGGAAAUGUUGGGUUUCAGGCCCUACCAGUUCUACUACUACGCCUGGAAGUACAUGUCCCCCAUCUGCAUGGCUGUGCUCAUGACUGCCAGCAUCAUCCAGCUGGGAGUGAGCCCCCCGGGAUACAGCGCCUGGAUCAGAGAGGAGGCCGCUGAAAAGUUCCUGUUCUACCCAACGUGGGCCAUGGCCAUCCUCAUCUCCCUGAUCAUCCUGGCCUCCCUCCCCCUGCCCCUGGUCUUCAUCCUCCGGCAGUUCCACCUGGUGUCGGACGGCUCCAACGCCCUCUCCGUCACCUACAAGAAGGGCCGGAUGAUGAAGGACAUCUCCAACCUGGAGGACAACGACGAGACGCGCUUCAUCCUGAGCAAGGUGCCCAGCGAGACGCCGUCGCCCAUGCCCACGCACCGCUCCUACCUGGGCCCUGGCAGCAGCUCCCCGCUGGAGAUGAGCGCGGCGCCCAACGGACGCUACGGCAGCGGGUACCUGCUGGCCAGCACCCCCGAGUCUGAGCUGUGAUGGUGGCCUGCCCGCCACCCCCACCAGGAGAGGAGGGCGCUCCUGGCUGUCCAGGCGACGGGAAAAUUAAUUAUCAAGGGCGAAGAUGAAUUAGUGACUAAGACGAAGAAGAAACCCCCCCUGUUAAAAUCGUUAAGCAAAGCAGCCAUUUCUGAGGUGACGUCGGGGAAGAAGGGAUGGCAGGAGGGGCAGGACUCCUCUGGCAGCCCUCGGUGGAAAGGCAGGAGCCCUGGACUCACCUCCAGGGAAAGGAAGAGGAGCAAGAGAUGCUGCAAUACCUUUCCAAGAGUUGUUCUCGUGCAGCUCAAAUCCGAAGCAAAGAAUCUCUCUUUUCUAAGCAGCUGAUGGUUGGAACAAGGACCUGGCAGCAGGUGGGGAGCCAAUCACACUUCCCCCUGUCACCCAGAGCUCUUCCCUCCCUGUCUGUUGUCCUUUAGCCGGGAGGAGUCAUGGCCUUAUUCCAACGAGCACAAUUAAUCAUCGAUGUUCAUAGCACAAGAAGGUGCUGUUGUUGUCACCAUCGUUGUUGUUGUUGUAUCUCCUGUAGGUUUUUAUAGCUGUGGACACACCCAAAUAACCCCCCAAAUUCUGACCAGGGUUGGCAGGGAGCAGCGUGGGGCUGGCUGAGAUGUUGGGGCGUGUGAGACAGGGCAGGGUGAAUCCCUGGAAUCUUUGUUGCCACCAGCACAGGGACGGUGGCUGGGAGAUGUCACAGCCAUGGGAUGGAGUAGCUGGGAUGCUCCAUGGGUUGGAUGGUGCUGAGUGUCAGGAGGACCCCAGAAGUGGCAGUGGUUUGGGGCUGUGAGCCUGUGUGGGGUCUGGAUGGAGUUGGUGUGAUGGGGGUCGGGAGUGCUCUCCUGACGUGUGGGAUGCUCUGCUGAACCAAAAUCCCUGGCAUGGUGACCAUCUCCUCUCACUCCUCUCUUUAGAUGUCCCUUUAGAGGGACAAGCAGAGGAGCUGUGGGACAUCCAGUCCUACCACACUCCUGAUUUAGCUCUCAGGAAACCACCCCUGACUUCCCUCCUUGCCAAGGUGUGCUGGGCACUGGCUCUCUCUGGAUGUGCCUCCUCAUUUCUCCUCGUGUCCCCUCCGAGCCUGGGUUUGUCACUGCCUCCUGUCACACCCACAGGAGCUCAGCAGCCUUUGGAUGGGGGUGAGCAGCUCUUGGGGACCACAGCAGCUCCUGGGAGCCAGUGCCAGGUCCCCAGCAGCUCUGGAUCCAGCCUGGGGAGCCCUUGUGAAGUCCAGGGGCCUCUAUCGUGCCCAUCCAUGAUUUUGGAUGUGAUCCAUGAUGUGACCCUUAUGUUGUUUCUCCCCAGGCUGUUUGGAAAGGGUGGGAUCUUCUAGCUCUGAGUUCUGAGGGUCAUUUCCCUGGGUCCCACCUGUAACCAAGCACUUCUGCCAAGGGUGUCAGGAUAGCCUGGCAUUGUCCCCUUUUCCUUGGGGACACAGAAGCAGCACAGUCUGCCCUCUGCUGCCUCCAAGGGCUGGGGAAUGCCUCACCCUGUGCCCUGCUGGGCUUGGGUUGUGCAUGAAGAUCUUUGAGGCUGCUCUGAAGGCCACGUUUGUGGGUGCUGGUUCAUGAGCCCUUCUCUCCUCUGCUUUCCCUGUGCAUUGCUUUUCUUUCACCUUGGUUCUCCUCUUGGCUGGAGGUGAAGGCAGGAAGCUGCUGGUCCAUUCACCACACCGCUAACUUAAUUUCAGCAUCCCUGGGGCCAUCAGGUUCCCACAGUGGGUGUGAUCCUUCAUUCACAGCCUUCUCCGUGGGCUUGGCUGGUGACCUGGAGACUCUUCCAGGACAAUUAGCUCAAGCCCUUCAUUAACUGUUUUUCUGGGGGGGAGAUGGAGGAGUGGAAUGAACCAAAGCAGCUCAGUGAUGGUUCCAAGAUCUGUGAGUCAGGAUCAGCCAUGCUCCUCCAGAAGUUCCCCCUUCCUCAUCCCCUCCCAUCUCUUUCUCCUUCCUCUGCCCAUGCAGGAGGGACACAGAAAUGUCCCCAUGGCAUCAUCUCUGGAAGGGAGAACCUCAAAUCUAGUGGCAUUUCCCCAUCAUUAGGCAACAUUUCUUGUGGAAUCCAUCCUCACUGACCAGCAGAACAGAGGAUGAGUCAAAUCCAUGCCCAGCAUCACCUCCCCAUCACCCCUGAGCCCGGGGGCUGGAUUCCCACCGUAGCUCCCAUGGAGUUAAUGGAGCAGGAACACCUCCAUAGCCACAACACUCAGCCCCAUGUGCUCCAGAACACUCAGCCCCAUGUGCCCCCAUGGCAGGAUGCUCCUUGAACCCCAGGGGAAGGAUCCAGCCCUCCCUCUCCCCCACCCCUGUUCCCAAACCAGCCAGGGAGGAGCUCGCUUUCCUCCCUUCUUGCAGCAUCGAUAAGAGGCAGAGUCAUUGAGAAGGUAACAAAGAAGCUAUAUUAUAUAUAUAUAUAAAAUAUAUACAGAGAGAGGAGAUGGAAUAAUAACCUAGAGAUUCUCUAUUUCUAUUGUAUAUUUAUUCUGUAAAUGUCACUGUAAAUGCUGUUAAAUGACAAAAUCGUAUUCCAAAGUGGCCCAUGACCUAUUUUCAUUCCCAGUGCUGUACAGAUCAAUUCUCAUUCUAGAGCAGGGCAUAUUUUUACCUUUUUAUUUCUUGUGUGUGCCGGGUGCACGUCCCCUUCUCCCCCCAGCCUGGGGCACCCUGGGCAUCCAGCAGAGAGGAGGAGGAGGAGGAGGGACACCCCCUUUCCUUUUACCUGUGGAAAUACUCGUGUUUUGUCGUGGCAUUUGCUCGGUGUUAGACACGGGGUUUUGGGGUGGGUGUGAGUGUGUGUGUGUUAGGUUUUAGGAGCUCCGUGUUGGGUGUGCGUGUUCGUCCGUGGGGUGUGCGUGUCCGUGUGCGUGGCUGCCUUUAGGAUUCACUUCUGGCCUGGACUCGCUCACUUUUGGGGGUUUCUCCUGCUUGCCAGGGCAGGUUCUCCCUCCACACACCUCCUCGGGGUGCCAGGCUGCGGAUUGGGCCGACCCCCGGUGGCUUUUAGCCCUAGAAAUCACUUUUCCUCUUUUUCUGCACAGAGGCACAGGGAAUAGCUGCUAGUUGUGAGCACAGGCACUUUUCUGUUUUCUUUUCCUUCAGGCAGUGGGACAAAGAGGGGGGAUCCUCUGCCCAUGUCCCUGUCCCCCCACAUCAGCUCCUGGGUGUGUUCCCAGCCCAGAUCCUGCUGCUCAGAGCAGUGUGGGGUCCCUGCUGCUGGGUAGGGCAGGAGGGCUCCAAACCCUGCUCCCUCUCUGGGGCUUCUGGAGAAAGCACAAAGGAAAUUGCUGGAGGGGCACAGCCUGGAGACAAACUGGAAAAACAAACUGGAAAAGGCAACUCUGGCCCUUGGGAGCUGGAAAAACUACAACAUUGUGCUGCUGGAGCUGCAGGUCCAACCUGUUGGGCUGGAUUUGGGAUGCUCUGCAGGUCCAACCUGUGGGGCUGGAUUUGGGAUGCUCUGUGCCCCAGCCUGUGGGGCUGGAUUUGGGAUGCUCUGCCCCCCAGCCUGUAGGGCAGGAUUUGGGAUGUUUUGUGCCCCAGCCUGCGGGGCUGUAUUUGGGAUGUUCUGUGCCCCAGCCUGCGGGGCUGGAUUUGGGAUGUUUUGUGCCCCAGCCUGUGGGGCAGGAUUUGGGAUGUUCUGCUCCCCAGCCUGUAGGGCAGGAUUUGGGAUGCUCUGUCCCCCGGGCUGUAGGGCAGGAUUUGGGAUGCAGUGAUCCUCAGCCUGUGGGGCAGGAUUUGGGAUGUUCUGCUCCCCAGCCUGUGGGGCUGGAUUUGGGAUGUUUUGUGCCCCAGCCUGUGGGGCAGGAUUUGGGAUGUUCUGCUCCCCAGGCUGUAGGGCAGGAUUUGGGAUGCUCUGUCCCCCGGGCUGUAGGGCAGGAUUUGGGAUGUUCUGCUCCCCAGCCUGUAGGGCAGGAUUUGGGAUGCUCUGCCCCCCAGGCUGUAGGGCUGGAUUUGGGAUGUUCUGCUCCCCAGCCUGCGGGGCAGGAUUUGGGAUGUUCUGCUCCCCAGGCUGUAGGGCAGGAUUUGGGAUGUUCUGCUCCCCAGCCUGUAGGGCAGGAUUUGGGAUGCAGUGAUCCUCAGCCUGUGGGGCAGGAUUUGGGAUGUUCUGCUCCCCAGCCUGUGGGGCAGGAUUUGGGAUGCUCUGCCCCCCAGGCUGUAGGGCAGGAUUUGGGAUGCUCUGUGCCCCAGCACUGCUCUCUGCUGCAGGGACCCCAGUACAAGGCAGAGGGCCCGUGGAGCUGGUCCCCAGGGUGUCCCACGGCUCAGCCCCUCCAAACCAGCCCCUUCCUCACCUCUCAGCUCCUGCCCAGCCCCUGACAGGUCACAUUAAUCCCCAGCUCCUCCCAGGAGCAGCUCCCACUGCCUUCCAAUGGUCCCCCCCUUCCCGAGCGUGGCAGGAGCGGGGCCGGGUGGCCUUGGUCGCCGGGGGGGGGACAUGGCACAGCCCCGGGGACACGCGGGAUGCGUGGGACAAGCACAACCCUAGCGAAACCCUCGUGUACAGGUGAAGCACAGAGCUCUGAGGCUCGUCCCCGGCCCCGGUUCCGCAGUAGUUCCCCCUGUGCCGGGCGGGGCCGGGCAGCGCUGCCCCGGCUCCUCGGCCGCCGGGAGAAACCCUGUAAGAGCUGUAUCAGAGUCUGAUUAAAAGUUUCUUCUUACCAAA